AUGCAAAAAGCAUUUGAAUCUAUUGGUGAAGUGCAGAAUGAGAUCGAUCGAUUAAAUGAACAAGCAAGUGAAGAAAUACUACAAGUGGAACAAAAAUUUAACAAAUUACGUCAACCAAAUUAUAAAAAACGUUCAGAUUUAAUUAGUAAAAUACCUUCAUUUUGGAUUAGCGUAUUUCUUAAUCAUCCACAAUUAUCUACGUAUCUUGAUCAAGAUGAUGAAGCAAUAUUGCAACAUUUGAAACGUGUUGAUGUCGAAGAACACGAAGAUAUCAAAUCUGGCUACAGAAUUAAAUUUACGUUUGAGCAAAAUAACUAUAUUGAUAAUGAUGUCUUGGUUAAAGAAUUUAAUAUUAAUGAAGCAAGUGAAACAACGUGUAAAGCAACAACGAUACGAUGGAAAAAUGAAACAAAAAAUGGUCCAGCUAAAGAAGGUCGAAAACGUUCACAUGAGAAUGAUAAUAGUUCAUUUUUUUCCUGGUUUUCAAAUACAAGUGAUGCGGGAGUGGAUGACUUCGGUGAAAUCAUUAAAGAUGAUAUAUUUGUAAAUCCGUUACAAUAUUAUUUGGCGGCUACAACGGAUGAAGAUGAAAAUAGUGCUGGAGAGAAUGAAGAGGAAGAGGAUUUAGACAAUGAAGAUGGGCCGAUAUCUAAUGAAAAGAUUUGUUUGAUCGUUAAAACAAAUCCGGUUAUCCUUAACAAACUAUCUGUAAUUACUAGUUAUUCACAACCAUCCUCGAAUAGUAUCUAUCAAAACGGUCAUCAAAAAUAUAAUCAUUUACUUGUGUCUUCAAAAGAUUCUACAAGUUCUAUCGGUGAUUGUUGGAAUCAAGUAUUAGCCUUAUUACAUACACAUUGUGAUAAUUUAAAUGAUAAUGAGCAAUCAUUCAUUGCAUAUAAAUUUACUUUAUGUCAUUUGAGACAUAUGCAUAACAACGAUGAGACAGAAAUUUGUGAUAAAAGAGAUGUUGAUGUAUGUUUAAAACGAUUACAUUUGAAUCUAAAUGCAUUUAUUGCUUAUACUGAAUUUUUUCCCUUUAUACAAAGUGUUUGCUAUGUAAUGAAAGAAAAAAAUCAUCAACAAGAAUUUGAUAAUCGAAUAAAUACUCUUUUAUACGAAACAAGAAAUACUAUAAAUAAUUUGCUAACAUCAGUUAAAAAACAACAAAUGAUAAGUGAACAAUGGAUCAAAAAUUUAAAAAUACAAAAUUCAAUCAUGAGUAAUGCAAUCAAAUUAAAAAAUUUAGUUGUAACUAAUACGUACAAAACACAAGAUCUAAUUGAAAAAAUUAUUCAUACAGCACAACACGAAUAUGAUUUGUUAAAACAGAUAUGUUCUCUAUCUCAAACUAUUCAAACAAUUGUUCGAAUAAGUACUACUAAAACAUUUUGGUUUUAUCUGAUAUCAUUGUUGAGCGUUUAUUUAUUGACAAUACCUCGUCGUACAAAUGCUUUGCGAUCAAUAUUAUUUUGCAUUAUAUUUUUGUACGUGUUAAUUGAACGAUAUGCAAUGUGUGAAACUUUUUCUAUUUUGACAAGUGAAUUUUUUAAUAUUUAUUAUUGUCGUUUAACAUGUUGGCUAUCCUUUGUUAUUUUGUUGUUAUAUUAUGCUUAUUCUUAUCAGAAUCCUGACUAUACAAAUAAUCAGCAGUUAAAACGAAUAGCAAUACAAAUCCAACAAACAGAAACGACAUUUAAUAAUCUUAAAGACAUUCUACAUAAUAACAAUGAUUUAUCACAAUUAAACACGUUAAGUGAAAAUGAAUAUGACAAUUCUUUAUCGUUAAGAUCAAAAAUCAAGGAUAGAACAAGAAGAGUGUCUUAUCAAAUAGAUACUAGACAAUCAAAAUCAAUAUCAUUCUCAGUACAAGACUAUUCAAAUAAUAGAGUAAUUGAUAAGGGUUAUGAAACAGAUGAGAAUAAAGAAAAUGAGAACAGAUAUAUAAAUUUAAGACAUCGACAUAAUAUUCAUAAUAAUAUUUUGAAUACUGAGACACCUGAACAAUUUGAAAAUUUAAUUAAACAUAAUGAACAAAAAACAAGACAUUAUAGUUUAAUUAUUCGACAGUAUGUAUAA